AUGGAUUUCAACCUGCUGGCAGAUGCGGAGGCUCGCAGCCCAGCCUUGUCUCUCUCGGACUCCGGAACCCCUCAACACGAGCACAGCUGCAAAGGGCAGGACCACAGCGACACCGAGAAGUCCCAGCAAAACCAGACGGACGACUCCAACCCUGAAGACGGCUCACUCAAGAAGAAGCAGCGGAGGCAGAGGACACACUUCACCAGCCAGCAGCUCCAGGAGCUGGAAGCCACUUUCCAGAGAAACCGUUACCCAGACAUGAGCACCAGGGAGGAGAUUGCAGUCUGGACCAACCUGACGGAGGCACGAGUCCGGGUCUGGUUCAAAAACCGCAGAGCUAAGUGGAGGAAACGGGAGAGGAACCAACAGGCUGAACUGUGCAAGAACAGCUUCGGAGCCCAGUUCAACGGACUGAUGCAGCCUUAUGACGACAUGUAUUCCAGCUAUUCCUACAACAACUGGGCCACCAAGGGGCUCGCCACCAGCCCACUCUCAGCCAAGAGCUUCCCAUUCUUCAACUCCAUGAAUGUCAGUCCCCUCUCCUCCCAGCCCAUGUUCUCCCCACCCAGCUCCAUCGCCUCGAUGACUAUGCCUUCAUCCAUGGUCCCUUCCGCCGUGACCGGAGUACCGGCCUCCAGCCUCAACAACCUGGGAAACAUUAACAACCUGAACAGCCCAAGCCUCAACUCUGCUGUCUCAUCCAGUGCCUGUCCUUACGCCUCAACAGCCAGCCCCUACAUGUACAGGGACACAUGCAACUCCAGCCUGGCCAGCCUGCGGCUGAAGGCCAAGCAGCAUGCUAACUUCACCUACCCGGCGGUGCAGACGGCAGCUUCCAAUCUGAGCCCUUGCCAAUACGCCGUGGACAGGCCCGUAUGAAGGGCUGCCCUCCGCCAACCAGGGACUUGACCUUAGCCUGACAAAAGGAGACCUUUAGCUCUACAACAGCAUAUGUCCUGCAGAGAAUGAGAGUGAACACGAGAGAGCAAGAGAGAGUGAGAGCGAGCGGCGAGCAGGCAGAUGGACCUCUAUGAAGAUUUGUCUAACUAUCGUAUGGUGAAUUUUGACUGUCUUUCCCCUCCCAAACCCCUUCCCCUCUUGCCCACCAAACCUCCUCCUUCAUGGUAAAGAAACCAAAAGAGUCUACUGGAAGCCCCAUGGGGAAAGAGGAGCCCCGAC